ACUUUAGCGGAAAGCUCUUUUUAUUUCUGUUAUUAAGUAUUAAAAUUAAAAAUCAUAUAAAAUAAGGAGAUGCUUUAAUAAUUCAAAGCGUGAAUUAACAAUAUUAACGUGGCCGCUAACUAUCAAAGAUGGCCGUUGAAGCAGUAGAUGCGAUGGUGUCGCAAAAUAUGACUGAUGAGCAGAAUAUAAGUCAUCAGUUUUAUUCAUGUAUCAAUCGAAUUUUUCAGGAUCCAAUAAGGCACCAUGCUGCACCAUUGACCACACACCAUACUGCUGUUGAUGAUUUUCAUAUUGAUAAAGGUGUUAGCUUGUCAGAGAUACUAAACAGAUUAGCUUCUCUUCACUUGCCAUCAACAAAAAGAUCUUCUCUGCCAAACACGUAUAAUCAUAUUUCAAUUCUUAGUGAUAGUUUUCAAGGUUACUUACAACUUCUUCCAUCAGUUGAAGUUUCAGAACUUUCUCAGCAAGUUAAACAAGAUACAACUAAAUGGCUUAGUAAAUUAUUUGGAUUAGACGAUGUUUUCUCUAUUUUUCACCGGACAAAAAACGAGGGUUUAUUAAAUGUUUGUAGAAUCUCUCUUCAUUUAAAGUACUCUAAAUAUGCAACAGAUGGAUUUACAGCUCUUUACACACGUCCACCUGUAAUAUACAUUAGUGCAAUUGCUCCCGAUUCUCUACUUCAACAACUACGCUCAGAACUUGGCCUUCCUCAGUCAAGUAUUUGCAUUGUUCCAUGUAAUUCAAUGUUUGGCUCUCCAUAUACAAUGGAUGUUAGUGCAUUUGAGAGACACGUUACUGAUGAUAUAUCGUGUGGAAAGACACCGCUAUUAUUAAUAGCAUAUGCUGGUACUCCUUUAUCAGGACAUACUGAUAAUCUUGAGCGGUUACGUGAAAUUUGCACUCAAUCUGGGAUUUGGUUUCAUGUUGAAGGUGAUAUUCUUGCAAAUCUUGCUUUGACACAAAUGCAACCAUCAAUACAAGUAGCUACUUCUGCAGACAGUUUAACAUUAAAUUUACCUACAUGGUUUGGUUUACCUAAUAUUCCAUUUUGUACAUUUUACAAAACAAGGCAACCAUCAUCAAACUCUCUGGUAUCUAUGAAAUUUGACCAGAGUGAAAUUGUUUCUUUGCCAUUAUGGGUCAUGCUUCAAUUUAUGGGUACACAUGAUUUAAAGAGAAUAAUUGAGCAUGCAUCUGAACUUGCACAACAGAUUAGCCAUCGCCUUGAUAUGAUAAGUAGUAUAAAAAGACUAGAACAGCCAUCAGGUGUUUCACCAAUUGUCAUUUUUAAAUAUAAAGCUUCACCUUCUUUACCUCUAGUAUUUAGUUCUGAGAGUAAUUUAAAAUCAACUAAAGCGGCUCCUCGAGGGAAGGUUGAUGUUUCGCAAAAACUAGUUGAUGCUUGCAAUGAGCAUUUAUUCAAUCAUUUGGAUUUCCAUUCAAAAGUUUUUAUAGAUCUAGUAAAUAUACCAAGAGAAGGUGUUUGUUUGAAAUUCCAUCCGUUAUGCACUUCAAGAUUUCGUGAAACAUCUAAAGCUGAUAUUGAUCAUUUUGUUGAAGUACUGCAUAAUAAAAUUGUUGAACUUGAUCAUACACUAGUUUUGAGAACAACAUUCAGUGAAAUUUUUCAAAGAAUACCUGAUCUGCAAGUUGUUGAUGUAAGCGAUGAGCUUGCCCUUGGAGCUUUUCAGUGUUUACCUAAAUACUGGAAAACAAAAAACUUGUCUAACCUUUCUGAAAUAAAAAAAACUGAAUUGAAUGAGCUUAAUGUAAAAAUAUUCGAAUUGCUUAUACAACAAUGUCGCUUUGUAGAGAAAUGUGCAAUGUCAAAUGGACAGUUAUUUAUUAAAAUAAAUGUGGUUGAUGAGGCAUUUGAUUUGCAAUUGUUUGCUGAUCGAAUUCUUAAGCUUACUAUUGACAUGGAAGAUAAUGAAAAGUAUGCUGAAAUGUUGAAAGAGUCAGUUCAAAAAAAUAUUGAAGAAGCAAUGACAAAAAUAGAAAGAGAAAGAGAAGAAAAGUUUUUUCAAGAUGGUGUGCUGCGAAGUGUACCAAUAGUAAGCUCACUUUACAAUUGGUGGUCUCCACCACCAAAAGAAGAUCAUGGUGUAAUCGGACGUUCCUUUGAUUUAUCUUCAGGUAAAUUGGAAGCUACGGAUAAAACAUACAAGUUCAAAAUGCAAUUACAUGAUGACCAAUCUGACACUUUAUCUCAUUUGUCAGGAAUAUCAAAAUUAUCACAUAAAGAGAAUUUAAAGCAAACCGAUUUAAAUAGUGAUGAUGAAGGGAAUUUAAGUGAAAUAGAUUCUACAGAAGAACUGGAAAAUGAAGAAACAGAAAAUGACUUAAAUUAAUAUUUGUAUGGUUUUGAAAUCUUUAAUAACUGCAUAAAAACUUUAA